CAGACAUCACUCAUCACCCAGGAUGGCAUUGGCAUUGGCAUUGGCAAUGGCAAUGGCAGCCGCCGCCACCACGAGCCUGAAGCUGCUGGUGGACAGCAAGUCCCAGAGGGUGCUGUUCGCGGAGGCCGGCAAGGACGUCGUCGACUUCCUCUUCUCCCUCCUCACCCUCCCCGUCGGCACCGUCGUCAAGCUCCUCACGGCAGACUGCAUGGUCGGCUGCGUCGGCAACAUCUACGGCAGCGUGGAGAAGCUCGACGCCACCUACGUCCAGCGCGGCGCCACCAAGGACGCGCUCCUCCGCCCCGCCGUGCUCUCCCCUGCCGCCAGCUCCCUCCUCGGCCUGCCGGCGGCCUCGGCCUUCCACCCGGCGCCUGCUGAGCCGCCCAAGAGUUUCUACACAUGCAGCAGGCGCUGUAACUCGAGCGACUAUGGAUUCGGCAAACAGCCAAGGCAGUUGCUUCAGCUGCCGAUG